AUAACUAGCCUGCUGUGUCAAACCACAGUGACACCGGUCGUGGUGAUCCACCUUACAGGUGCAGACGCUGCUUUGGUAUUCCAAGUAAUAGAGGGGAAAUCACAAAGCUAACCGCGCACAGAAAGGUGCUGUCUGUCGGCUUGAAGCACUCCCACUUGCCCCUCGGACUGUCCGCGACUCUCGUCCUUUAACCGCCCAGGCAUCAUCUGGCCUCGCUGUGGAUCUUUAGCCCCUCAGGCAGGGCAGUGGCAGAGGUAGAGCCUUCAGGGACCAGACCAGCAGGAAGCAGGGCUCCAUGAGCGCGACGGGGCAGCAGCAAGGGGGGGGUCUGCGUACUCGCCGAGGCCUUGGCCGGGACAAGGACCUGGGACAGGGCAUGGGCAUGGAGGCGACCUGCUGGCUGUCCCCUGGAGUCCUGCGCAGGCUGAUUGAGUUGCCCUCACCCCCCCUGUCUCGACACCAACUCAAGAGACUGGAAGAACACAGGUACAGCAGUGCUGGACGCUCCCUGCUGGAGCCUCUAAUGCAGCGCUACUGGGAAUGGCUGGUGGGACGCGUCCCUUCCUGGAUUGCACCCAAUCUCAUCACCAUCAUCGGCCUGGCCACCAACAUCUUCACCACCCUUGUGCUCGUCUAUUACUGCCCGACUGCCACUGAGCAGGCUCCUCUCUGGGCAUACCUGUUGUGCGCUGUGGGUCUGUUCAUCUACCAGUCAUUGGACGCCAUCGACGGGAAGCAGGCCAGACGCACUAACAGCAGCUCUCCGCUGGGCGAGCUGUUUGACCACGGCUGUGACUCCCUCUCCACCGUGUUUGUGGUGUUGGGAACCAGUAUAGCAGUGCAGCUGGGCACCAACCCGGACUGGAUGUUCUUCUGCUGCUUCGCCGGGAUGUUUAUGUUCUACUGUGCCCACUGGCAAACGUAUGUGUCAGGAACGCUGCGCUUUGGGAUCAUUGAUGUGACUGAGGUGCAAAUCUUCAUUAUAAUCAUGUAUUUGCUGGCCGCCGUGGGAGGAUCUGCUUUUUGGCAGUCACUGAUUCCGAUCCUAAAUAUCCAGAUGAAAAUGGUUCCUGCCAUCUGCACUUUGUUAGGAGCCAUCUUCUCCUGCACCAAUUAUUUCAGAGUUAUUUUUACAGGAGGCGUGGGCAAAAAUGGAUCCACAAUAGCAGGAACCAGUGUCCUCUCUCCAGUCUUACAUAUUGGUUCAGUCAUAAUUUUGGCAAUGAUGAUAUACAAAAAGUCUGCUGUCCAACUCUUUGAAAAUCACCCGUGUCUUUAUAUCCUGGCGUUUGGCUUCGUCUCAGCCAAAAUCACCAAUAAAUUAGUUGUAGCACAUAUGACAAAAAGCGAGAUGCAUCUCCACGAUUUAGCCUUCCUGGGACCAGGGCUACUGUUCCUGGAUCAGUAUUUCAAUAGUUUUAUUGAUGAGUACCUGGUGCUCUGGAUUGCACUGAUCAUUUCCUUGUUUGACUUGGUGCGUUACUGUGUCAGUGUUUGCAACCAGAUUGCCUGCCAUCUUCACAUUUUUGUUUUCAAAAUCAAGCCUUGUUCAGUCCUCAGCUCAGCUUCUCACUGAGGACACGCCGGCCAUUACUGACUCUGCCCCCUUCCCGUUAGCUGCACUCACCUUUUUCUUCCCUCUGUUUUCCACGUAGUUGGGGGGGUGUAAACUGUGUGCUUCUGCCAACUGAAUGUCAGGACAAAUAAUAUAUAUUAAGAUACUGGAUUAUUACUGUCAUUGUUUCUUUUUCACCAGUGCAGAAUUAAAUUUAUACCAGUUUCAUCUUCUGCUCCAGUACUAAGAAAUCUUCUGACAAACUUAUGGUUGCAAAGAGCAAAAUUUUCAGGAGAGUACAGGUGCUACUCAGUGUGUUCAAGGAGAGAAACUUAACGGUGUGUUUUAACGGUUCGUGUGCAAGAAAAUGUAUAGGAACUGACUCAUUCUGUUUGCUUUUCAUGAUUAUAAUUUUUGUAACUUUACCUUUUUUGCUAUUGUAAAUACCAAACUGUUACAAUGUCUGUGUUUCUCUUUUUAAGUUAAAAAUCCUUCUGUGACACAUUUAUUAAACCUUCCUUCAUGUAUAUGAUUUUAAAGACACUUUAUCCCACUACACAAAACGGAGCAGCUGUUUUACAUCAGCAAAAUGUGGUUUUGGAGGAAACUUGAUGCCAACUUUACUGAAUUUUUUUUUUUUUUUUUUUUUAAAGCAAACCUGAACGUCCUUUUUGUACAAACCUGCAGAUUAAUUCACUGCCACUUGCACUGGGGAUUUGGUUUAUUUUCAAGCUCUUUGCUGAUAUGUUCAUUGUGAAGGUGGUACUUUUGUUAUUGGGGCUGGGAUUGCAUUUGUUUUUAUAGUAAAUGUGAGAGGGGGGUUGUGCACGAGAGCAAGUGGGUGGAAGACACAAUAAGUCACAGAUUCAUUCACUGAGUUGUAGUUGUGCAGAUGUGUGUGUGUGUGUGUGUGUGUGAAAGGCUUCGGUAGCUACUUUUGACCUCAUGAAUGAUUUAACUCUCAGGUUUCCUCAUUUUUCAGUUGAUGUGAGCAAAGAUCAAAAUGUUUUAAGAUGGUGUGAAGCAGCUGCUUAUUCCAGACAGCUCUGUCACUGAUCUCUGCUAUUUUCCUCUCCACUGGUGGCUUUAUUUAUUGUUUUUUAAGCAUCAAAUUCCACAAUAAUGAGUAAACUAAUCGGCCUGCCUGCUUCUUUGUUUCGGAUGAUUUUUCUGAAACAUUUUGUCUGUGUGCUUUUUCCAAACAAGUCAGGAAGAAAUGGCACAUUUUGGGGGAGUGGUCUUCUUCAUUCCCUGCAGCGUGACAGGUUAUGAGAGUCAAAAUAAAACUACACUGUAUGUUCAAGCAGUGCAACAUUUUAGCUCAUUUUUAAUGAUUUGUCAGGUUUUAGUACACAGGCCACUCUUCUUAGGUCAGUUGCUUCCUUUUCAUGACAUUUCCCAAAGUUUGGAGUGUCGGGCCUUCUUGUGUUGCACCUACGUCGCUCAGUCGCUGCUUUGUGUUUCAGUAUUACCAUCCCCUGCACAGUACAUCUUGUUUCCUCCAAAACGCACGCCCGCUGCAGCAGAACAGGUGCACGUGAGAGAUUGCAGGAGGUGAAGUCACAUGAUGUCACAGUUUUUAAGGUGGUGACUGAAGAGAACCAGAUCAAACUUAAUAAAAAUGUGUUAAUUUGAAAUGUGGCUGCUGCUCACUCUGCCUCCACGUCGUCGUCUGAUGCUGUUACACCUCGAACCGACUGUUGAGCGUCGCUGCUUCCGGAGAGGACCUGCAGUGAUGGCCUGUGUUCAUGUGGAGCUCAUGUUUGUCCGUAACAGCAGAGGUUAGCUUCUCGCUUUUGCGUUUUGUGCCUGUGUUACUUUUUUUUUUGUUGUUGUUGUUGAACACUUCCGCCUGUAGAUGCUGUGCUAUGCCUCUGCGGUUUGUUUAAAAUGACCCACAAUGCCAAGUGUUGACUGAAGCAAGAGGCUUUUUGUGUACAGUCUUCAGAGCUGUGUCACUGUCUCAGCUGGAUGAGCUCGGGUGGCGUUAUCUGGAUGAGGAGAGAAUGUUGGCUAUUGAUUCAUAGGAACAAGGCCUUCUACACAUAAGUGUUAAAGGACCACUUCACCCAGAAUCACAGAACCCAUUGUCCUCUAAUGCCUUAAGAUGGAAUAUUAUGGCUGUGUAUUAUGUUUUAUACCAUACAAAUAAUGUCAUUUUGAGUAAACGGGUGUAAUGAAAAUAAAGGUUAAAAGAAAAACAUUGCAAUGAGGGUAAAGUUUAAAGUUCUGUGUAUUUUGAGAUUAAGGCAUCACAGAAAGAAAAUGUAAUCAGACAAAACUGGAAAAUAUUUAAAGUUGUACACUUACAAAAUAAUCCCGAUAUUUCAACAGUGAAGGUUUGAUAGCUUAUGUUUUUUUUCUUAGUUUCUUGAAUUUUUUUUUAAGCAAAGAAAAUUUAUAAAAUGAUUCAGACUGAAGAUGUAACAUUUUGAGAAUAAAGCUACAGUAAUUCCUCAAAGCAGCACUGCGGGUAAAGGAAAGGAACGAAUUUACAAUACUCUGAGAAUAAAAUUGUAUCCAGUGAAAAGGACAUUAAAAAUAUGUUGCACAAUAAAAAGUAAAGUUUGUAGGGUGAAGUAGGUAAGUAAUUUUGAGAAUUAAAUGCCAGUUUAAUUUGCAGUAUUAGAGUAAAAUGAAUUAAAAUUCUGAAAGUUCAUUUUAAGAAGUUAUAUAAGUUUUUUUUUAAAUGUCAGAAUUUAGUUUCAAUUUUGGGGGGAAAACAAUUUUAAAAGGUUUGAAAUAUUUUUUGCGAAAGCCACUGUUUAAGUUUUCUAAUAUUUCCAUUUUGGUUUGGAGGCAGAGAGAAAAAGUUUUUUUGGGGGGGGGGUCAGAGGCUGUUUUGUGAUUUGGCUGAAGUGUCUUUUUAAGGAGUCCACCCUUUGUUGAUUUGUUUUAUUUUAAUAUAUAGUUGUAAAUGAUGCACAUUAAUGCAUUAAAGAGCGGCGCUGACUGAAUGUUACAUUUAAUCUUUUGAUCCCUUUGAAUUCUGCAGUUGGUGUCUGUUCAGUGAUGUAGGAGAAAACAAGCUGAUGCUCUAAUCUGCACGUGUAUCCUGCUGUAUAGUUUUGUACUAUAGCCGGAGAGUGUUUGUAUGAUCGGAAAAACAACUUUUCAUAACCACUCUGUGAAAUUCAGUAUCAACAAAUGCUCGUGUGCAUCUUAUAGUUCCUGAUGUCAGGUCACCGCUCUCAUUGUUACCAGUAAAGAUUUGCCUUAAACACGUUUGUUUUCUAUUGUUUCGGACCGAGACGAAGCGUGUGGUCACUGUGUGUUGGUUCUGAUGGUCAGACUGCUGAAGCUCAGGUAUUUUUCCAGUGUGUGCUACACUGUGUUCCCAGAUGGUAAUCACAGUCACCUGACAAUCUCUCCUGCUCCAUUGCAAAUAAAUUUCAUACUCCAGCCCGGAA